AUGUCAGAUAGAGGUGCGGGGCCAUCAAAGCCACCCCUUCCUCAUCGGAAGGCGGAAGCAUCAGGGCCAAUGUACAAGUAUGGCAACAAGGAACUUGAUGCAAAAGCGUAUGCAGAAGCUCUGAUCUCCGCAAAGAAGAAGGGUCUUGCAGCUUAUUGGACUUCUUUCAACGUUCUGCUGAUCGACGGCGUCGUUAAGCUGAAGUGCCUCACCUGUGGCGCCCUGCUUGGCGCCAAAAACCCAACCGCGACUGCGCCUUUACACCUCAAGAGGCAUGAGAGGGCUGCAUCAAACGCCGCAGAAGCGUUGCAGCUUUCCGGUGCCGAGGACGGUGAGGAGGAGUCCGACAUGUCUGGUCUGAAGCGCUCGCGCUCUGCGGAUGGCGGCUCCAUCCGCUCCUUUCUCGCCAACACUAUACAAAUCGGCGUGUUUCUGAAAAACCUGGCGCUCUUCUUCUACACCACCAACACCGCCCUUCACCUUAUCGAAAACCACUACCUCGUCACCGCGUGCACCGCUGUGGGUAUCACGCUUCCCAAUCGAAAAAAGCUUGCCACGACGAUGUUGGAUGAGGCGCAUGCUGAGCUAGUCACCCAGAUCGAGAAGGAGUGCGAGGCUGGGGAAGGGGUUGCGUGUGUCAUUCCCCUUAGCGAGCAAACACUCCCCCGGCAGUUAUGUGGUGAUUCUGUGCAAGUAGGGACUUAA